AUGACUGACUCAAAAAUAUAUUCCGAACAUUCAAAUGACAUUAGCACUGAAUCACCAAUUGAGACAAUCCCUAUCACUCCUAGAACUCCUAUUAAACCCAAAUCCGUAAAUAAUAAAGACAUGGGAGGUGCAAUCUCAUGGUCUUCUGAUGAAGGCGGCAACCACCCAAGAAUUAUGGACGUCUCUGCGUUAAUUCAUAAUGAGCCAGAAAAUAAAAUAAAUAUGUCAACUAACGACAUAAUAGGAAAUUCUUUCACAACAGAACCCAUGAUAAUAGAAUCACCCGACGAAACAACAACUACCAAUAACAACACAUUAACACAGAAAAAAAUAGUCAAUAAAAAUACAGUAAAGACACAAACAAAUACUACUAAAACAAACCCAAAUUUAAAUAAUACAGACAAAAACAGACCUCACGGUACUGAUACGGAACAAACACAUGCUAAUAAAAUUACACCAGAACUACGUAGAUCAACUAGAAAACGUAAAAUCAAAACAUGUUCAUGUUGUACAGAUUACGACGAACACACACAUUCACAAAAACAGAUUCCGAAUAAAAUACAACAUCUUGCGAAUAACUUUAAAAAUAAAACGAGAAAGUCAAUUAGUAAAAAUUCACAACCCAAAUUGCCAGACAUAAUGGUUACUUUGAAAGCAAUUAAACGUCAACAAAAUUUAAAUAAUAAACGGAAUAAUGAUAGAUUGUCAAUAAUAAACGAAAAUCUAAGCCCAGUAAAUUCACAACAAACUAUCUCACGUAAAGAAUCACAAAAUCCUACACUAAAUUCACCUAUCGACCCAAAUUCAAAAUCGCCUGAACGAAUAAACUCAUUCAACGACCUAAAUUCUGAUCAACAGAUAAAUUCAGUUGACGACCAAAAUUUUGAACAAAUAGAACAAACACAUUCAUUUAACGACCAAAAUUUUGACGAACUUGAACAAAUAAAUUCAUCUGAUGAUGAAGUAGACACACGACAAAAUUUGACACAAUUAAAUUCAGACGGAAACCAAAACAAUUCAAACAACGAUGCGAUCAUGAUAGCAAACGACAAUUUAUCUAACGAAGAAAUAGAUUCUGAUGAUGAUUCAUCCGUAGUUUCAGUAAUGUCGAACGACUUCAGUAACGAUAAUAUAAUAGAGACUAGAGACAAUUUAGAAAUGCAAAAAAAUAGUUAUUUAUGUUUUUUUAAUACAGACGGUCCUGUUACAAGCGAAAUAGGAAAGCAAUUAUUAUUGUCAGGAUAUUUAAAUUUAAGUCCAUUUGCUGAUUAUAAAGUAGGUCAAGUAAUCAAAAUGGGAACAUCAAAAAAAAAGUACUUGCGUUAG